GAUGGAUGUCUCCAGGAUCAAAGCGCAGGAUGCCGCGCUGCCACGAUUCCCUUUGGAACUCCUGGAGCGCAUCAUGGUGUUCAUACCCGACUUGAAGACCUUCUUGAACUCUGCUCUUGUCUGCCGUGCGCUCGUGGAUGUCAGCCGACGCCUGACGUUUCGGCGCAUCCGCUUCUCCCGACUGGGUUCUGUAGCCGGGUACAGUUCGUUCAAGGCGUUCGAAGCCCUUCUGGAGUCGCCGAUGUGCACUAUCCCCCGACAUAUUCGCUGGGUUGCCCUACACUGGCCUGCUACGUAUGAACGCAACCUCGUGGAACCGCUCAGCUGUCUGCAGCGACUGCCCAAUCUGGCGACGUUGCGCGUAGAGGGGAUGCGUGAUCUUUCCUGUGUAAUUCCUCUCCACGAAAUUGGACCAUAUCUAUCAUCGAAGUCUCUAACAAGCGUCAGCCUGGAUCUGGUCGUCAUCAGUUGCUUUGAUGCCCUCGUACGGAUGCUCAACUCCCUAGGCAACCUACAAAACUUCUCGAUGAACAUCGUCUCUCUCCAAGGCGGACAAGGCGCAAAGAUAAUGCAUCGUCCACUAUCAAAACCAGAAGGCCUCCUUGCGCGCCUAUGUCGCCUCAAAUGCUAUUUGCAGGGCCCACUCGAGUGGGGCUUCCUCUGGUUCUUGUUAUCCCUCCCAUGUCUCCCGCCAAUCGCGUACCUAGAUAUCCGUCUCCCAAUCGCAGGUUCCGGACGGUCGGAAAGAUGGUGCAAAUUCGUUCAUGGGCUCAGGCAUACGUUGAGAUCCUUGCGCAUCCACCCCGGCUUUCGGGACUUUAUCGAAGCGGAAUAUACGAAGUUGGAUCUGCCGCAGUUCACGUCGCUCUCCUCUAUCACCAUCGAACCGGUCCUUACGUACAAUCUGCGAACGGCCGGGACGGGGGACUGCUUUCUCAGCCUCCUUCUCUUCUCAUUAACGGCCCCAUCCCUCUCGAAGCUCACCGUCGUGUUCAUGGUUGACCACGUGCGUUCAGUGGAUGCUUUCGGCAUUUCUUUCGAUUGGGCGGUCCUCGACAGUCGCUUGGAGAGGGCGCCGUGUCUGAAGGAAAUGAAAUUUGUCAUCAGCGCCUGCUCGGUAAUUAUGCAGCUGCAGGGCGUGCAUCGGAAGGCGGAGGAGAAUAUCCGCAAGCUUCUCCCGAAGGCGCAUGCGAAGGGCAUAUUGCGGGUGAAGGUUGCGAGCGUCGCCUUAGCAAACAAGCGCUUGCUCUCGAGCAUCAUCAUCAUUCAAGAGUUCGGUGAUUCUCCCACGCUGACUGCUCUGCGCUUGGAUCCGAGUGACCAGGAGGGCUUUCUCGAGUUAGCGGAAGGUCUCCCUCUCGGCUUAGCGUCGCUCGAGCAUCUGCGCUCAGUAACAAUCGAGCUCGUGGUAUUGACUUCACUGAACUUUCGGCGCACGGCGCAGAGCAUAACAAAUCUGCUGCUCUGCGCGCUCCAACCUCCUGCUCUUCGGAAGCUUACCCUGUCGUUUAAUACCCUCCUCAAAUCGCCAGGCCUCAUUCGCCUAGUGAUUGAAGGGGAUGUGCUCGAUGGCCGCCUAGAACAAUUGCCCUCGUUGACGGAAGUCAAGUUCAUAUUCAGCGUUCCUUCCGACUUCGCGCAGAUGCCGAACUUGCAUCGGGAUAUCGAGGAACUGAUCCACGGGAUGUUUCCGAAGGCGAGCGCGAGAGGGAUAUUGCAAUUGGUUAAGAUCAUGCAAGAAUUUGCGGAUGCUGGCCUCUAG